UUACUGCUGAGUUCGACGUGGUUAAUCAAGAAGACCGGCCAAGAUUGCACGGUCGUGGGACUCUUUGUCAUUUUCCGUGACUUACGUUGUCUUUGUCUGCAAUGACCUUUCCUCGGAACGGUGGUGCUCAUGAGCGUCAAGAACAAGCACACGGGGACCAAAGUCAGCCUCUUAUUAGCUACUAUAUCGUCCUCUCCUUCUGGGAUACGCAGACUGUAGCAAUAAGCAUAAUCUAUAGCAAUACUGGAGGACAGACCAAAAAGACCAUUGUCGGGUUGAUGAACUUUGUGCCAUAAUGCACCAGCAACGCCAUUGGUCCUCAAGUAUUUCUGUCGUAUGAUGCACCACGAUACUUCGUCGCCUUCGCCACUCAAAUGGGUUGCUAGGUACACACUCUUCGUACUCGUCAUUGCCUUCCUGCGAUUUCAUCUGCGAAACCAGAAUCGCAAGAAAGAUGGGCUGGCAUCUGCCGUGAUCAGAGAGAGGCGACCGACGAUCACUUCGUGCACGCGUUUGAGGUCUUGACGGAGCGUGAGAACCCGAAUUUC